CAGUCGUCAUGGCGUUCAGUCUACCCCAUGUUAUUGUUCUCAUUAAUUGUCUUGUGUUUGUUGUCGGGAUUGAUGUCAGAGUCCUGAAUGAUACCGAUUUUCUCUUCACCCGGGAUGACACCAUCACCGCUAAGGAUCUAGCAAAACGACUCGAUGAUGGCAAGGCAAUGCGAUUCAUCGGCGAUUUAACGAUUGGAGAGCGACAGCCAUCCGAGACGGUAUUCACCCGGACAAUUCAGGUCUCCAAUCCAACACCGGAGGUUUAUCGGACUGCCAUCAGUGUAAGCGUCGACAAUGGGAUUAUCCACUACAUGAGUGUUCUCAACGAGCCUGGGAGCUACGCAGUCGCUUGUGACGAGCCCUACAGUCUAGGUGGAUCUAGGACUGGAUUCAAUGUACGAGUCACACCCAGAAGUGAAACUGUCCUCACUCUCAUCAUACCUUCUUUAAUCUAAUUAAUUUUUAAUUUAUCGAUAACGUCAUGAGUACAAUGAUUUAUGGUGUACGCAGUUUUUCAUUGUACUAGAUAAUUUUUCUUUAUCAUUUUCAGAUUUUAAUUGAGGGAAUACUUUAUUGUAUUGAAUUUACGCUGAAAUUUCGGCAAAUUUUUGGGAAAUUAAAUAUUAAUAUACAAAUAUUAUUGGAUGUUAAUUGAAUAUCAAAUAUUCUAUUGGAUUUUUCUGGUGAAAUUAACUGAAAGUCGGUGAGAUCUCUGAAUACUCGUAUUCUACAAAAAAAACUCUUGAAUUCCCGUGAAUUAUACUAAAAAUUUGAAUUUUUAUGAUUA